UGAGCACGAACGGGAUCAAAAGCCAGAAUUGUCACCUUGAUCGCGCCACUGUGGCCUUCUCAGGCUCUUUGGUCUGAGAGGCAGCAUUGGCAACUUUUUGAACCAAUUCGUGGAGCCUCAGUCCGAUUCUGCAGACAGUUCCAGCCCCGCCUCAAAUUCGAGUGACAAUGAGCCUCCCAACCUCCCGCAAUCGCACCUCCUUCCAACAGCUGGAAAAGCUGGGCGAAGGUACAUAUGCAACGGUCUACAAAGGGCGCAACUGCCAAACGAAUGAGAUAGUGGCCUUGAAGGAGAUCCAUCUCGACGAGGAAGAGGGAACUCCCUCGACCGCAAUCCGGGAGAUUUCUUUGAUGAAGGAACUCGACCAUGAAAAUAUUCUUUCUCUACGCGAUGUUCUGAAUACAGACAACAAACUCAUCCUUGUGUUUGAGUACAUGGACAAUGACCUCAAGCGCUACAUGGAUGCGCAGAAUGGCCCUCUGGAUCCCAACACGAUUAAAUCGUUCUUCUACCAAUUGAUGCGCGGCAUCGCCUUCUGCCACGAAAAUCGCAUUCUCCAUCGAGAUUUGAAGCCCCAGAACCUGCUGAUCAACCGGAACGGUCGGCUGAAGCUUGCCGAUUUUGGGCUAGCACGUGCCUUUGGGAUUCCCAUCAAUACCUUUUCUAAUGAGGUGGUCACCCUCUGGUAUCGGCCCCCGGAUGUGCUGUUGGGGAGCCGCAGCUACAAUACCAGCAUUGAUAUCUGGUCUGCUGCUUGCAUCAUGGCUGAAAUGUACAACGGUCGCCCGCUGUUUUCGGGAACGACGAACGAAGACCAGUUGCUCAAGAUCUUUCGCGUGAUGGGCACCCCCACUGAGCUUACAUGGCCUGGAGUCAGCCAGCUACCCGAAUACAAAUCUACUUUCCCGGUUUACGCCCCGCAAAGCCUACGACGCCUGGUUCCACGGAUAGAUCCGAUAGGCGCCGAUCUUCUGGAACGCAUGCUGCAGUUACGCCCUGACUUCCGCCUCAGUGCGAGCGAUGCGCUGCAACAUCCGUGGUUCCAUAGCCUCCCUGAAUUCACAGCAUCCCACCAAAGUACCAUAAAACUGAACUACCCAAAUUAA